AUUUGAGCAAGAUGACAGUUCAAAGCUUUAUCUCGCUACAAAAGGCGGGUUCCCGGUCCCAGGACUGGAUUGAGAUGGAGGAUUACUACAAUAGGAAGUUGUGGCACCAACUUACCCUAGCUCUCAUCAAAUAUGUCAAGACAGGACCCCACCAAUCAGGCCAUCUCUCGGAACUACACAAAACAUUCCUCUCUGACUUUGACCACAGGAUUAGUUCCUUGGCCCUCAGUAAUAUAGGACUGAUUGUAUCUGAAGACAUUCCUGCUGGUGAACGAUUGGAAUUCCUUGAAGCUCUAUCGAAGAAAGUUUCUAAUCACCCUGAAGCAAAAAUUAGAAUUAUGGCAAAGGUUGGGUCUCUCAAAAUAGACCAGGGACAGGUCGAAGAGGUCCAGGAGUUGAUCAAGACAUUGGAGGAGCUCGUCAACUCUUUGGGAGAGAUUACGCCGGUUCAUGGUGCUUUCUAUGAACUGAGCGCUAAAUUCUACAAGGUGAAAGGAGACUACAACAGUUUCUACCGGGACAGUCUCCGUUAUUUGGGAUGUAUCGACCUGGACGAUCUAACUUCCAAGCAGAAACAAGAGCACGCUUUUCACAUUGGACUUUCAGCUCUUCUGGGCGACAAAGUGUACAACUUUGGGGAGUUGCUGGCUCACCCUUUACUGGAAUCUCUGAAAAUAGCCUGUCCGUGGAUUGUUGAAUUGCUUUUGGCGUUUAACCGUGGUGACAUGAAUAAAUUGGAGCAGUUACAGCCCCAAUGGAGCCAGCAACCUGACCUCGCCCGUAACGAAGUUGCAUUGAAACAGAAAUGUGCUCUACUUGGUUUGAUGGAACUAACCUUCAACAAAGCCUCCUCUAGUCGAUCUAUUCCGUUCAGCGAAGUUGCUGCUGCAGUGAAACUACCAGUGGAUGAAGUUGAGUUGUUGGUUAUGAAAGCUAUCUCACUCAACUUGGUCAGAGGCAGUAUCGAUGAAUGUGACAAGGUCGUGAAUCUAACAUGGGUACAACCAAGAGUACUGGACCUAUCUCAGAUAAAGGAGAUGAACAAACGUAUUAUAGAAUGGGCGGAAUCAGUUGAAAAGACCGUACAAGAUGUUGAGCGUCAGAUUCCAGAACUUUUGUGCAAUUAAAUGGGUUGAACAUUGACUAUCUAAUAUCUAUAGAUGUUGUCCACCAGUGCUGGUACACUCGAACAGUUGUAUUUAUAUCAUUUUGUAUAUUGUAUUUGAAUUGAGUUGUCAUUGAUACAAGAUUUAAAGAAUGAUCUACCUGUUUUUCUUGCUA